UCACACACAAAAAAAGAACAAAAGAUGAAAUAAAAUACAAAAGGGCAAUUAGAAUCAAAGGAUAUAUGGCUCCGACAAGGAGGAAGAGGACGAAGCAGAGGAGAAAGGCGAGGGCUGGUUUUACCAUCAAGAUCAACAAGGAGGAACAAAAACAAGUUGAGGCCUCGGAGCGUGAGAUUGCGGAUCUGAAUCUGGGCGACAAUAGCAAGACUCAUGGUAGCAAGGGGCAAGAAUCAAAGGAUCAUCUAGAAACUGCCCGUGAUGACUUUUUGGGCAUAGAUAUUCCAGUGUCAUGUAGAAGGAAAUUAGCAGGUUGUGCCUGUUGUGGCGAGUAUGAUCACCUUAAUGUAACCUGCCCAUUCCUAAAAUAUAUUCCUGAAGGCGCUAAAAUUGGCCGUGGCUUUGAGACAAUAUGCCGGGGUUGUCACCGUAUUGGAAAGGUGUGCUGUGUUAAGAGGGGGAAGUCUGUGGGAGGAUAUGCUAAGCUGAAGAUGUGUGCUUAUUGUUUCUGUAUUGGUCACUGGGAGUGGGAGGACUGUGAAGAUUGUCCUAGACCCAAGGACGUCGUCUUUGAGAAAGAUGAAUACUUAGAUGGGGAUGGGAUUUCCUCAGAGUGAGGAUGAGGAUGCAUUUCGACCCCUUAAAUAGUGCUCCAUGGGGACUAUAAUAUACCAAAGGCAACUCAUCAAAUCCAUCUUCAGGUCCCCUAAUUGUGUCAUUUGCUAGUGCCUUCCACAACUCUAAUGUAUUAGUUUUGUGCCAGGUUUAAGCAUGACGACAAUUGUUAUGUAAUAACUGCGACUCCCAAAUCCAUUUUCUGUUUUAUUAAUUCUGAGUCUCUUAAUGUAUCAGUGGCCAUCAAUUUUUAUGCC